CCAGCGACCAGCGAGCCGCGACAGGGACGGGCGGGAGGGGGCGGGGGGCGCGGGAACCGGCCGACCGCGUACACGUGCUCGCAGGACAGCUCGGCGAGGGACGUCGGGGGGUUCUCCCAGCUGAAGCCCCACCUUCAGGACUUCCUGCUGUACAGGCACUGCCGCCGCUUCCGCCUCCUGCAGGACGCGCCGGGGAAGUGCGGCCGGGCGCCGGAGGACUCGGCCGGCGUCUUCCUGCUGGUGGCGAUCAAGACGUCGCCGGGGAGCUUCGACCGGCGGGCGGUCCUGCGGCGGACGUGGGCGGCGGAGCAGCGGCAGAACGGCGCCGGCGUCCGGCGGGUCUUCCUGGCGGGGACGGCGGACCGGCCCGGCGCCGAGCGGCGCUGGCGCACCGACGAGCUCCUGCGGCUGGAGAACCGUCGCCACGGCGACAUCCUGCAGUGGGACUUCCUGGAGUCCUUCUUCAACCUGACGCUGAAGCAGCUGCUGUUCCUGGACUGGGUGCGGGAGCGGUGUCCGCGCGCCCGCUACGUCUUCCUCGGCGACGACGACGUCUUCGCCAACACCGACAACAUGGUGCGGUACCUGCAGGCCCGGGACGCGCCCGGCACCCCUCCGCACCUGUACGUGGGGCAGGUGCUCCGCGAAACCAAGCCCGUCAGGUGGGCCGGCAGCAAGUACUACAUCCCCACUCAGGUGUACGCGGCCAAGACCUUCCCGCCAUACUGCACCGGCGGUGGGUUCCUCAUGUCCGGAUACACGGCCUGGGUCGUGCACAACAUGUCGUCCGCCGUGCCUGUGAUGCCCAUAGACGACGCCUACAUAGGCAUGUGCUUGGAAAAGGCGGGGCUGCCACCAACGGACCACUUCGGCUUUCUGGCUGUGGGCGAGAACGCCAAGCCCAACUUAAUCUACGCCAUGGACCCCUGCCUUUCCCGGGACCUUUUCCUGGUUCACAGUUUCCAGACUUACGAGAUCCUGGUUAUGUGGGAGAGGAUUCACAGCCCGGACCUGAAGUGCGCGAUCCCAGAUCAAUUUUAACAGCGCGGCUGGCACUUCCAACGCCAUAGCUUUGUUUGGUUUUUGCCCAGAUUGGACUACAAAGCAGGGCAUGCAUGCUCUGUCAGGAUCCAGCCAAUCACACUGGCCUACAAUAUGAGAUAACCAAAUAACUAGAGUAAAUGAGCUGAGCGGUUUUGUUGCUUCUUAUUCUGCGGUGAUGGGCCUUGAUGACAUUUAAUGGGAGAUUUAACCAAAAAUACAUAUUUUUAAAAAUAGUUUUUAGGGUUGCUGGAUGGCUCGACCUCCUAAGGCCAUGUUGAAGUGUGUGGAUGGGCCCUAUGGCCUGGUAUUGAAUCCAAACUGUGCCAAAGUUGACUGUGGCCAACAGUCCCACAGGGUGAGGCCAUGGCCAAUUACGUACUUGAACUCAUUACUGUACGUUACCCCACCCCCCCACAACACACCCACAAACCAUCUCUGAGGAGCCUAUAAAAUGAAGAACACUGUUCAGGGUGAACUUCCUGUUAGAUAAAACGGAACUUUUCUAAAUUUAUCACAACAUUCUACCAACUGAAUAAGCCCCCUUGUUUCUGGGGUGUGUUGUGAGUCAUCUGGGUUUUGGCAUGCUUCAACUGUUUGUUUCCACAACUGGGAUGGAGAAUCUUCCAGUUCUCUCAUCUCUAGCAGUCUAUGGUUUUACUGUCACUGGAAGUAUUGCAUUAACUUAGUGCAUAUCUUUAUCUUGCCUGUGUCCAAAUACAUAUUUAUUGUGGUUGUUAAAAUGUUGUGCAAUUUUAAUGGAUGACAACAGAGAAGAAACUUGCUGCUUCUUUUAUUAUGAAACAAAAGAGAAGUAUGUGCAGUGUGAAUCAGAAAGCAAAAAUAACAUCAGUAAAAACAGGGUUUCUUGGAAACGAAGUUUGAAGAACAGAAGCUAAGCUUACAAUGGAGAGUUUAACAGUGGAGCACUGUGAAUCUAUUUAAGAGCUGUCUUCAUGUAUUUUAAUCUACAGUAUCUAAGGCUUUGUUUGUACUGUCCCAAUGGACACAGUUGUUAUUCCGUCACUGUGAAUGAGCCGGUCAGAACUCAUGAUAAGUCGAAUCUACCUAACCAAAGUGGAAUCUUUGGCCAUCUGUACCCUGCUAUAUCGGUUAAAAAGAUAAAUCAGAGCUGGAAAAAAUGAUUUACACUGACAUUCGUUUAUUGCCUUUUACAUGGUAUUUAUGGUCUGUGCAAAGAGAGCUUUUGUCAAUGUGUAUCUAACCUGACUCUUCACUUUUCGGCCCCUAAUAGAGCCAUCAAAUCGGUCAACCAGUUCAACUUAAAUUUUAUCAGGUGAAGGAAAAAAAAUCAUUGUAUAAGAAAAGCAGAAUUAAUUAAAGAUUAUAGACUUGGUGGCUCACAAGCCAUUGUUCCAUUGAUUUUCAAUGCCUUAAUGACACACAUGAAAAUCAUUUGGUUAAUAACUAAAAUUUUUAUGGUUUUGCAUGGCCAAUGGUGUUUUCAAGAAAAUGGGAGGCAUUGGGCCUAUUUUAAAAUGUGAUUUUAUGCUGCUAUUCUGAAAGUUUUUGUAUAAUCUUAAUUUCUCUCCUGACAGAACUCCUAUUUGGAACAACAGGCACAUUGUCUCUAGGAAUUUACAUAGGCCUACAGAGAUGGGUGGAAAUGGGUGUUACUUCCACACUGGAAGUAACACACAAUGAGUUACUUCCAGUGUUAAAGGACUUCCACGGUGUGUUUAUUUAUUUGGUCCAAAAUGUAAUUUCUAAUAACCCGAUAAACUCUCUUGCUCAUCACAGCUCAUUUUACACCCUGUGAAACCCAGACAUUUGUGUGCUUUCAAGCCGAUGUUGUGUGUACUUAUUCUCAUACACAUUCUGACUAACAGUAGAAAAUGUUUCACGCCAAAUAUGUUUCUGAAAAGAAGUGUUGCAUUUGUGCAACACUGGGUCUGACAGGGUUAACUGAAAUGAGUUUAAAAUCCGAUAAGCUGAAAAACAAACAUACGUAACCACUUUAAUGACUGGUUAUACCCUGUAAAAUGCAAAAGAUACUAGGUCAGAUUUAAUAAAGUGUUGAGAAAUGGCA